AUGUCCGGCAGCAUGAAAGCUGCGGCUGCGGCGAUCUACGCCUGCACUGUGAGCGCGCCUUCAACACUAGGCGCUGUACCAGAAGACGCGGCGGAACACAAACACCACGUAAAGGAUGGCAAGGGCUUCACGAACCCAUGGGAUAGCUGGAGGGAGAUGAGCGGGCCACAAAUCGGGACGUCCAUGGCCUGGAGGAAGCUUACCGGCUCUCUCAAUUACCCCGACACCACCCCGCCGACUGUCACCGUGAUCGAGCCCACCUUCCUACCCUCCCGCACUGCCUGCGCUGCCCUCCGCGCAACCUGGCUCGGCCAUGCUUGCUACUAUGUCGAGUUCCCGUCCGGCUUGCGCGUGCUGUUCGACCCCGUCUUCGAGGAGCGCUGUUCCCCCUUCUCCUGGCUGGGCCCGAAGCGCUAUACGCCGACACCAUGCCGCAUCACCGCCCUGCCCGUCGUCGACCUCGUCGUCAUCUCACACUCCCACUAUGAUCAUCUAUCCCACCCAACAGUCAAGGAACUGCACAAGAACCACCCCGAGGCGCAGUUCUUGGUCGGCCUGGGCCUGAAGAAAUGGUUCCAGGAGUGUGGCAUUGAGAAGGUGGUCGAGAUGGACUGGUGGCAGGACGUCGAUGUUACUCUCUCUCCGAGUAAGGGCGAGAAAAGGAUCUCUACCGCGUCGCCGGCAGCGGAGACGGAGACCUCGCCACCGGCAGAUGGAGAAGGCAGUAUCACAGCGCAGAUCUCGUGUCUACCAUGCCAACACACAUCCGCCCGAACCGCGUUCGACAAAGGUCACACGCUGUGGGCAUCUUGGGCCGUCUCCUCCGGCGGCAAGAGCGUGUGGUUUGGCGGCGACACGGGAUACCGUGCUGUGCCCGAAGUACCAAAGGGCGUGGAUGAUUACGGUGAGACAUACAAGGACUUGCCGCGCUGUCCGGCUUUCAAGCAGAUUGGGGACCUAAGGGGACCUUUUGAUCUGGGACUCAUCCCGAUCGGGGCAUACGAUCCUCGAUAUGUCAUGAGUGCGAUGCACGCGAAUCCGUUCGACAGUGUUAAUAUUUUCAUGGACACGAAUUGUAAGAGAGCGAUGGGUAUACAUUGGGGAACGUGGGUUCUUACUACUGAAGAUGUAUUGGAGCCGCCUGUCUUGCUUAAGAAAGCGAUGAAGCAGAAGGGCCUACCAGAGACAGGUGUCUUUGACGUGUGCGAUAUUGGGGAGAGCAGGGAGUUUCAAUGA